AUGUCGGACGAUCAGAAAACGGGCAAGGCAGACCGCCCGGUGACUCAGCAACUGGAAUUGCGGCCGGGAGAUCGCUUAUCCUCGAGGACGGCGUCUCCAGUUCGGCUCUCCACGGAACUCGCCCUGAAGGUGCAGACGCAGCUGGGUCGGAUCUCCACUCUCAAGGCCAUCGCAGAAAUUCUCCCGGAGUCUCUUGCAGAGACUUCUGUUGAAGAGGUAAAUCAGCUCUGGCUUCAAAUUGAGGAGACGCACAAGGCGCUCCUCAAGGAACACGCCUACUUCGAGGUCUCAUGGCCCUCUGCACUCACUCAUCACGAGCAUUUCUCGGGGAACGCUCAUCAGGAGGAAACGCUGUGCCACACGCAAGCGCAACGCAUCAUCGGCGUACUCCGCCACUCACUGAUAGCUUCGUCCGCUCAAUCAACCUGUGCCUUGGCACUGAUCAGCUCAUCCACCACUCAUUACUCAGCGCGUCUACUCAUUGACGCAAGCUCAGAACUCACCUUCGUCACGGAGAAUCUCAUUCGGCAGCUCAACAUCCCUCGUCAAUACUCAAGUAUUGUCGUCACUGGAAUUACAGGCAAGGAGUGUACUCAGACACGAGGAGUCGUGUCACUUACGUUACGCUCGACACAUUCCAACUCAAAUGCCACAGUUCAAGCUCAUGUCCUCCGGACAGUUACAUCAAUCGUACCAUAUUUCGAAGCAGAACCGGAAGAAUGGCCGCAUCUCAGAAACUUGGCAUUAGCCGAUCCAGACUGUCUCAUCCCGCGGCCUGUUGACAUCCUCAUCGGAGCAGACGCUUACGGGCAAAUCAUCAAGCCCAAUAUUAUUAGACAUUCUCCACUCAUGCCGAUAGCGCAACUCUCCAUUUUCGGAUGGCUCGUUCUUGGACCAGUCAACAGAGAAGCAAGACGCACAUCAACGCAUCGUGCUGCUACUCAAUUCAAUAAGGAUGCUCUUAAUGAGCUAUUGACGAAAUUUUGGAUUCAAGAGGAGGUGCCUACUCACGAUGUCACUCAGUUCACUCCUGACGAGCAGAGGUGCGAGAAGCACUUCAAGACUACACACUCUCGUGAUUCUUCAGAGAGGUACAUCGUCAGGAUUCUACUCAACUCACCAGUAGAUCUUUUGGGUGAUUCUUACAACGUCGCUCAUCAAUGUCUGAAGGGAUUACGCAGACGAUUCUCAAGGGAUGUGAAUUAUCAACGUCUCUAUCAACAAUUCAUGAUUGACUACGAGACACUCAACCACAUGACGAAGGCAUCAUCCAUCUCCAGUCAUCGCUCACAUUUUCACCUGCCACAUCACGGUGUUCUCAAGCCGGACAGUAUUACAACGAAACUGCAGGUAGUUUUUAAUGGCUCUAGCGCAUCCACAUCAGGCUACUUGGUCAACGACCUCAUGUACACUGGAGCAAAGCUACAUCUGAACAUCUCAGAUGUUCUACCAUGGAUACGUAGACAUCGUUACAUUUUCGCUAUGGACAUCACCAAAAUGGACAGACCGAUUCAGAUUCACAAGGAUGACUGGGAGUUACAGCGGAUACUCUGGAUGGACAAUCAGCUCAAUGAGGUGCCAUAUCAUUCAACAACGGUCACUUACGGGACGAAGGUCGCACCAUUCUCAGCCGUACGGACCUUGUUACAAUUAGCAGAAGACGAAGGACAUAGUUUCCCACUGGCUGUGCCAGCUAUCACUCACGGCAGAUAUGUCGAUGACAUAUUUGGUGGUGCAGAUACCGUGCAACAAUUACAGGAGGUUGCACCUCAACUAAGGGACCUCUGCAUGGCGGGCGGCUUUCCGCUAGCAAAAUGGCAUGCAACUCAUCUCGACAUACUCAAGACUGUCACCGACAGCCAAGACCAAGGCUUACCAAUCACCUUCGACGAUUGCGCAACCAAGGUACUCGGACUCAAAUGGCUCCCUCAAGAAGAUACAUUUGCAUUCUCAACUAGGAACUCACGCACUGAAGGCAGACUCACAAAACGCCUCGUCUUAUCUGAAGUGGCUCAGAUGAAGUGA